CAGAGCUCUGAGUGGUUUCCUGUUGCCUGUCUCUAAACCCCUGCACAUUCCUGCAGACCUUCAGACUGCUGAACGGCGAGCGCCUGCUGCCUGCCUGCUGCCGAGGAUUUCUAGCACCAUGAGAGCCUGGAUCUUCUUUCUCCUUUGCCUGGCCGGAAGGGCCUUGGCAGCCCCUCAGCAACAGGAAGCGCUGCCUGAUGAGACAGAGGUGGUAGAGGAAACCGUGGCUGAGGUGGCCGAGGUCCCUGUGGGAGCUAAUCCUGUCCAGGUGGAAGUAGGAGAAUUUGAUGAAGGUGCUGAAGAAACUGAAGAAGAAGUGGUUGCUGAAAACCCCUGCCAGAACCACCACUGCAAACAUGGCAAGGUGUGCGAGCUAGAUGAGAACAACACCCCUAUGUGCGUGUGCCAGGACCCCACCAGCUGCCCUGCCCCCAUUGGCGAGUUUGAGAAGGUGUGCAGCAAUGACAACAAGACCUUCGACUCCUCCUGCCACUUCUUUGCCACAAAGUGCACCCUGGAGGGCACCAAGAAGGGCCACAAACUCCACCUGGACUACAUCGGGCCUUGCAAAUACAUCCCCCCCUGCCUGGACUCUGAGCUGACUGAAUUCCCCCUGCGCAUGAGGGACUGGCUCAAGAACGUCCUGGUCACCCUGUACGAAAGGGAUGAGGAUAACAACCUCCUGACUGAGAAGCAGAAGCUGCGAGUGAAGAAGAUCCAUGAGAAUGAGAAGCGUCUGGAGGCCGGAGACCACCCUGUGGAGCUGCUGGCCCGGGACUUCGAGAAGAACUACAACAUGUACAUCUUCCCUGUGCACUGGCAGUUUGGACAGCUGGACCAGCACCCCCUUGAUGGGUACCUGUCCCACACUGAGCUGGCCCCGCUGCGCGCUCCCCUCAUCCCCAUGGAGCACUGCACCACCCGCUUUUUUGAGACCUGUGACCUGGACAAUGACAAGUACAUCGCCCUGGACGAGUGGGCCGGCUGCUUUGGCAUCAAGGAGCAGGAUAUCAACAAGGAUCUCGUGAUCUAAACCCACGUCUCCUUCUGCAGUACGGGGUUUUCUCUCUCUGACCUUCCCCGUCCUAUUUCCCCCAAAGUUUAAAAUGUUUGGAUGGUUUGUCGUUCUGCCUGGGGACAAGGUGCUAACAUAGAUUUAAAUGAAUACAUUAACGGUGCUAAAAAUGGAAAUCUUAACCAAGUCAUGACAUUCUUACUUUUAAUUUGACCAUCAAGGCUUUUUGCUCACCCACAAUUGGUCCCAUUUUCCUCCUGCCAUUUGCCGCGUUGCCCGUUGCCUAACUGGCGUAUGGGUGGAAACCAACCUGCUCAACUCUGCCUUGCACACACGCUGCAUCUUCAGGUUUCCUGUUAUUCUGUUUGAAACUAAUGCUCACCAUGUAGGACUUCGUGUUAACUUUAUUUCAGGGUAUUGUCUGCCUGGUGGUCUUCCUCAGGUAGGCUGGAGGGAGGCCAAGGGAAGUAACAGACACAUGAUGUUGGCAAGGAUGUUUCAGGGACAAGAAGACCAGCCGUGGAGGAAUUCUGCAGCAUCCACGACCCAGAACUGCCGAGAGCAGCGGUUGCUGGGCUGGGGGCUGUGACCGAGAGAGACUGUGGGGCUGCGUUAUGGAAAUGUGGACGUUCUCACAUGGACCCAGUUCCUCACCCUUUCUGCCUUGGCCUUUCUGUGCAGUUUCCUUUCACAUCAGGCUAGUUCUUCAAACUUUUGGGAGCUGCGGACCAUCAGUUCUCUGAGAGGUGCGUCAGGCCCCUUCUCAGAGGCUCUGAGGACUGGGAGGCUGUUUCAGCCAAGAAAGUCAAAAUCAAGAGUGAGACAAAGAAUGUUGUUAAGUAGAAAAAGUGAAGUCGGUGAAUUGGUGUUUUGUUUUUGUUUUGUUUUGUUUUCCACAUUUGGAUGGCUGUCAUAGGUUUCUAGCAUGUCUGUCCUUUUCUCCCCCUCUUUUUUUUUUCUUCUACUAAUCAAGAGAAACUUCAAAGUCAAUGGGAUGGUCGGAUCUCACAGGCUGAGAACUCGUUCACCUCCAAGCAUUUCAUGAAAAAGCUGCUUCUUAUUAAUCAUACAAGCUCUCCAUGAUGUGAAGAGUUUGACAAAUCUUUCGAAAUAAAAAGUAACGACUUAGAAACUGCC